CCCGCCCUCUGCAAAGUUUGCUCUUGACAAAUUCCUGCACAGAGUUUGGGCUCGUGUAACCCACAGAGAGAAUCACAGAGAGAAAGAGGACAGAUCAGCUCCGACAUCUCACUCUAGAUUCUCACAACGAGACGCUUUCUUUACGUUUCUGCUCCCGGUUGCAUCUCCUAAUUAAAGAAGUGCGUGGUUGCUAAGAGAUGACGAAAUGCUGUGAUGUACGACGGCUCUCGCUCCUCUGUCCUCUCCUCCCUCUGCUCCCCCGACCCGCUCAGACCAUGUGAAGGACCAGUGGGAACUUGAUUCGUUUUCCGUCUUCAAACUCCAAACUUCUCCACGCGCCAUGGCCUCGUGCGCCUCCAGCGACGCGAGAAGGAGCAGCGUGGUCAUGUCGAAGGUGAGGACGGCGUGGAGGAGCCAGACGAGCAGAGACGAAGGGGACGGGAGGAAAAAUGGAGACGUUACGGGACAAAGCACCAUCCUUGAGUUCUUCCAGAUCUGUGACAGCGAAAACAAAGGAUUCAUCACGAGGAGGGACAUGCAGAGGCUGAACUCUGAGCUUCCUCUCACCGCCGACGAACUCGAGAAUGUCUUUGACACACUCGACUCAGAUGGAAAUGGAUACCUCACGCUGGACGAGUUCUCCUCAGGCUUCAGUGAAUUUUUGUUUGGACAAAAUGGCUCUGUAGAGGCAAAUAUGGAAGAGAAAAACCCGGGAAACGGCGAAGUGGAGACAGUGUACCAGGGCCAGUGGGAGGAGAGUCUGGUCAGUCCUGACGAUGAAGAGGAGCAGCACUUCACGAUGCUCAUGGAGAGUCUGGGAGCCAAUCAUAUCUUUGAAAAUCCCACAGAGAUCCGCAGUCUGUGGGCUCAGCUCCGGAGGGACGAGCCUCACCUCCUCUCCAACUUCGAGGACUUCCUGUCCCGAGUGACCUCACAGCUCAUCGAGGCCAACCAGGAGAAGAAUGAGAUGGAGAGCGCCCUCAAGAGAAAAGCAGCCACACACGACGAUGAGAUCCGGCAUCUGUACGAGGAGAUGGAGCAGCAAAUCAAAAACGAGAAGGACAAGAUCGUGUUACAGGACUACAAGCAGUUUCUGUCUCGGAGUCAGGACUUGGAGCUGCAGCUGUCGUCCAAAGAGAAAGAGCUGGAGCAAAUUUUUCAGAAGCAGAAGAGGCUGGAGCUCCAGUGUCAGGACCUCCACAGUGAACAGCACGAGACCAAAGAGGAGAACGUGAAGUUAAAACAGACGAACGAGGAGCUUCAGCGGGAGUUGGAGCACACGUCGCAGGAGCUGAGUCUGGCCCAGGAGCAGCUGCUGAUGCUGCAGAUGCAGUCGACACGGUUACACGAGGAGAAGGAGAUGGAAAUGUACACACUGACUGAAGGACUUCAACGGGAGCGAGCCAGUUUACUGAAACAGCUCGACCUGAUGAGAGAAAUGAACAAAUAUUUACGAGAUGAGAGAGACAUCAGUUUUCAGAAACCAAAGAAAAGCACCGGUUCUUUACGGACGUCUUCUUACUCUCAGUCUCCAAAAGGCUCCUCUUCAGACGUCUUCAGAAAUGAAGAUGAGACGGGCGCCGCCGCGAGGUUGGGCAGUGUCUCCUCAGAAGCUCCUCGAGGACAUUUCCAAAGAAUCAUCUCCAUAGAGGAAGAUCACCUGCCGCACCUGCUGCAGAACUGCCAGGUGCAGAGCCCUCUGAAGGAGUGCAGCGAGGGAGAGGAGGAGAACAUGGACCUGACCAUGAGUGAGAUCAUUCCACAGCCGAGAGACACUGAGACGCCGAUGUCUCCGAGAGGACAACCUGUGGGCAAAGAGACGAGUCUAAACGAGGAAGGCAGCUCCUCUCCCCCAGAUCGUCUGUUUAAAAUCAUAAUCGUUGGAAACUCAAGUGUAGGAAAGACCUCACUGCUCAAGAGGUUUUGUGACGACUGCUUCCACCCGGAUUCCUCUGCCACAGUGGGUAUAGACUACAGUGUAAAGACGAUUACGGUGGACAACAACCAAAUUGCUCUGCAGAUGUGGGACACAGCCGGACAGGAGCGGUAUCGCAGCAUCACCACACAGUUCUUCCGGAAAGCCGAUGGAGUGAUCGUGAUGUUUGAUAUCACAGACAUGUGCAGCUUCACCGCUGUCAGACAGUGGCUCACGAGCAUCAACGAGGCUGCAGGGGAUGACAUCGCCAUUAUGCUUUUGGGAAACAAAACGGACAAAGAAGAAGAGCGACAGGUGCAGACGAGGAUGGCUGAACGGCUCGCAAAGGAAUGCGAGAUGAAGUUUUUCGAGUGCAGCGCCAGCUCGGGACACAAUGUGAUGGACUCUAUGGUUCAUAUGGCCAGAAUUUUAAAGGAGCAGGAGGACAGAGCUAAAGAGAAGACGGUGACGCUUGUUAAUUCUCCCUCAGAGAAGAAGAAGUCGUGCUGCUGACCUGUGGGAGCCUUGAGUCUGGACUCUGUGGGCCUGUUUCUAACACUGUGAACACUGGAGCCACAUCCAAAUACACUUUAACCUUUUGUCAAACUUUAAACGGCUCAUAUUACACUGUUUUCUAUAUGUUCUAAUGUUGUUUCCUCUUCAAAAACAGACCUGGAGUUGUGUUUUGUUUCAUUCUCACAGGUUUAACACACAAACUCUGCAGAUUUAGACUGAGUUCUUCUCUCAAAUGGAAAACACUCCACCUUGUGUUGGCACUUGGUAACACAGGAAGUGCUUGACAGUUUUUAAACUCCACACUUUGAAUCAUUUGGAUAAUUUCAGAUCUGGAGUUGCCAAUCUCUACUGAACUAAAGAUAAAGGUAGCUGGUAACUUGAAAACUACCACAACAUGACAUCACAAAGUGGAAGAGAGCAUUUUGAACUUUAGAGAUGUACACAGACUAACAAUAAAAUGUCACUCAAACACGUGUGAAUGAAACAAAACACAACUCCAGGUGUGUUUUUGAUGAGGAAACAACAUUCUAACACGGCUUAAAGCUCAGAAAAGUGAGUUUUGUGUUGUACAGAACCUUUAAGGUGGAUUUUCCCAAGACACUUUUGACACAAAUGUUCACACUCACACUAUUUUCUUUAUUAAUUACACAAUGAAGUAAUUUAUAAUUGUAACACGUGUGGUUUUGUAUCACAAAAGUUUUUCAUUUGAAUCAAACUAUGUUUAAAUGUAUAUAUUUAUCUAUAGCUAAGAGGUUUCCAUUAUGUUGUAUAAAAAUAUUUAUUAAAGUUGAUAUAAAUGUCAUUAAUGUAGGAGCACAGAUUUCCAAUGUAAAAAGCCCCAGGGGUGAAGUUCAGUUGUAUUUAUAGAUUCAUAUUUAGGUUGUAUCUAAAUAUUGUAAAUAUGAUAUUUUUAGGUCUGAAAAUGAAACUGAAAAUGUGUUCUGGUGCACAAUAUAAUAUUUGAAAAAAAUUUGAACAA